AUGGGGUCCACCCAUCUCGACUACCAGGGUUCCACAUGCUACUCUAGAGAGAUGACUGAAGGAGCCAUGUUGCGCAACGCAGCCAAAGGCGCGGCUCGCAGGGCUGUCACGGAGCUGUCGCAGCUUCCCAAACCCGGCGACAAACUCCACGGCUUCACAGUCCUGCGCACCAAGCCGGUCCCCGAGCUCGACCUGGCAGCCCUCCACCUGCAACAUGACAAGACUGGCGCCGAACAUCUGCACAUCGCCCGCGACGACAGCAAUAAUGUCUUCUCGAUUGGCUUCAAGACGAAUCCUCCAGAUGAUACGGGUGUUCCUCACAUCCUCGAGCACACCACGCUCUGUGGAAGCGAGAAGUAUCCCAUCCGAGACCCUUUCUUCAAGAUGCUGCCUCGCACGCUAUCCAACUUCAUGAACGCCUUCACUGCUUCCGACCACACCUUUUAUCCGUUUGCGACCACGAACGCGCAGGAUUUCAAGAACCUCAUGUCCGUCUACAUCGACGCGACUCUGCACCCGCUUCUCAAGGAGACGGAUUUCACGCAGGAAGGCUGGAGAGUUGGUCCGGAGAACCCGCAGGCUCUUGCCAGCGGCGAAGGCGCCAAGCCCGAAGACAGCAAGCUCGUUUUCAAAGGAGUCGUCUACAACGAGAUGAAGGGGCAGAUGUCGGAUGCUGGGUAUCUCUUCUAUAUCCGCUUUCAGGAUCACAUCUUCCCAGACAUCAACAAUUCGGGUGGUGAUCCCCAGAAGAUCACCGACCUGACCUAUGAGCAACUACGCAACUUCCAUGCCGAGCACUACCAUCCAAGCAACGCAAAAGUCUUCACGUACGGCGACAUGCCCCUCGCAGAUCAUCUGCAGGAGAUUGAUGCUCGCUUGAAUGUGUUCGAGAAGAUCCGGGGCGACCUCAAGAUUCACCGACCCAUCGACCUCAGCUCUGGCCCCCGUGAAGUGACACUCCAGGGACCUAUCGACCCGUUGGUGGAUGCCGACCGACAGUACAAAUCUUCUGUCUCCUGGGUUCUGGGAGAUACAAGCAACAUCGUCGAGUCCUUUUCACUUGCCGUCAUCUCGACGCUCCUCAUGGAUGGAUACGGCUCGCCCCUGUACAGAGGGCUCAUUGAGUCUGGUCUGGGCAUCGACUGGAGUCCCAACACUGGCUAUGAUAGCUCCGGAAAGGUCGGCAUCUUUUCCGUCGGUUUAACCGGAGUGCAAGAGGCAGAUGUUGGCAAUGUCAAGACCGAAGUCCAGCGCAUCCUUCGGGAGGUCCGGGAGAAGGGCUUCGACAGAUCCAAGAUUGAUGGAUAUCUUCAUCAAUUGGAACUGGGACUCAAGCACAAGACGGCCAACUUUGGCAUGUCGCUCUUGCAGAGGCUCAAGCCCAAGUGGUUCACGGGUGUCGACCCCUUUGACUCUCUUGCCUGGAACGAUACCGUGACAGCGUUCGAACGCGAGUUGGCCAAGGGUGGAUAUCUGGAAGGUCUCAUCGACAAGUAUUUACUCAACGACAACACCUUAUCGUUCACAAUGGCCCCCUCACCCACCUACUCUCAAGAGCUUAUGCAGGAGGAGGAAGCUCGCCUCGCGUCCAAGAUUGCCGAAGCUACGAAGCAAGCUGGCAGCGAGCUCGAGGCGCAGAAGCGUUUGGAAGAGAGGGAGCUCAAGUUGCUCGUCGAGCAGGGCAAGUCAAAUACCGAGGACCUGAGCUGUCUGCCAAGCGUUCACGUCAGUGACAUUCCUCGCCAGAAAGAGCCCGCUGUGGUGAGAGAUGAGACUUCACAGGGUAUCAAGAUUCAGUGGCGGGAAGCACCCACCAACGGCCUGACUUAUUUCCGUGCCAUCAACACCUUGGACGGCUUGCCAGAUGAUCUCAGGAGUUUGAUCCCUCUCUUUACCGACGCCAUCAUGCGCUUGGGCACGAAAGACAUGUCCAUGGAAGAACUGGAGGAUCUGAUCAAACUCAAGACGGGAGGCAUAUCUGUCGGGUAUCAUUCUGCUUCGCAUCCGGAAGACUACACUCAGUCUAGCGAGGGGUUGAUCUUCACAGGAAUGGCGCUUGACCGCAACGUUCCAGUCAUGUUUGACCUACUCAGACGGGUAGUGGCCGAAACCAAUUUCGAUAGUGCAGAGGCUGUGCAACAGAUCCGCCAGCUCCUACAGGCUUCCGCGGACGGAGUCGUCAACGAUAUUGCCUCGUCGGGCCAUGCUUUUGCCCGUCGUGCCGCCGAAGCCGGCCUGAGUGUCGACGCGUAUCACAAGGAACAGGUCAGCGGACUGUCUCAAGUCAAGCUUGUCACCUCCCUGGCAAAGCGCGGGGAAGCGGAUCAGCUCGACGACGUGAUCUCGAAGCUGAAGCAGAUCCAGCAGUUCGCGUUCAGCGGCGGACGUGUUCGCACCGCCAUCACCUGCGGCACCGAGACGGUGCAAGAAAAUGCCUCAGCCUUGACCAAGUUUAUGGGCUCCCUCCCUCGUUCCAGCGCUGCGCUCCCUGGCAAGCAGUCGCCGAGAUUCGCGCGCGACAUCAAGGCGUUCUAUCCCCUCCCUUACCAAGUCUAUUACGGAGCGCUUGCGCUGCCGACAGUCUCGUACACAUCUGCCGAUGGCGCCCCUCUCCAGAUCCUGGCGCAGCUGCUGACGCACAAGCAUUUGCACCACGAGAUACGAGAGAAGGGAGGUGCCUAUGGUGGCGGGGCCUACUCGCGAGCUCUCGAUGGUGUCUUUGGAUUCUACUCGUACCGUGAUCCGAAUCCACUCAAUACUGUGAACAUCAUGCGCAGUGCCGGCCAGUGGGCGGUGGACAAGAAGUGGAGCGACCGCGACCUCGAGGAUGCCAAGAUCUCGGUUUUCCAGAGUGUCGACGCUCCUCAGUCAGUCAACGAGGAGGGCAUGGGCAAGUUCCUCUUUGGUGUCACCAACGGGAUGAAGCAGCGACGCAGGGAACAGCUCUUGGACGUUACCAAGGACCAAGUGCGCGAAGUCGCUCAGAAGUACAUUGUGGAUGCGUUGGCCAAGGGCGCAGAAAGAACCGUCUUCCUGGGUGAAAAGCAAGAUUGGGUCGACUCUUCAUGGAAGGUCAACGAGAUGCACGUCAAUGGCACCGAGUAA